AUGCACCGUACCGCAGCAGGGGCGACGCCCGGCGAUGGCGCCCAACCCCCGGGGCCCAAGGUCGCGGCCCACGUUGUCGCAAGAUGGGCUGAGACGCCCACCGUCACAGGGCUGCGCCUACGGGUCGACCCAGCCCUGUUCAGCUUCAAGGCCGGCCAGUGGGUCGACUUCUGGGUUCCCGGGCUGAAGCAGGUCGGGGGUUUCUCAAUAGUCAGCACGCCCGCGCAGCUGGCAGGGGACGGCACGUUUGACCUGGGGGUCAAGGCCACAAAGCACCCGGUGGCGGAGUGGAUCUGCACAAAGGCGGCCGCCGGGGCCCCGGUCAGCGUGCGCGCGGGCGGUACGUUCACCCUGGCGCCUGCCAGCCUGCAGCCGGGCCGACCCUCCCUGUUUGUCGCCGGCGGCAUCGGCGUCACGCCGCUCGUCUCAAUGCUCGCGGAGCUGACUCAGCACUGGCGGGCGCAGCAGCUGACGAGGCCCGAGGGUGCGGCACCCCUUGGGCCCCGGGCGGUCCUCAUCUAUUCAUCCCGCGCGGCACACGAGUUCGCCCUGCUGCCACGGCUGCUGGACCUGCGGGACGAGGCGGGCGGGCUGCUGCAGAUACGCCUGCAUACAAGCGACUACUCCCCACCUGCGACGCCGGGCAGCGGAGGCAGCGGCGGCAUGGGUGCAGAGGUUUCAGGGGUGGAAAGCUCCGCCGCCGAGGAGGAGGAGGAGGAGGAGGAGGCAAGCCGCGGUCCCCCGCCUGUUCUGCUGCAGAAGGGGGUGCGAUCGCUGAUGCGGCGGCGGGUGACGGAGCGCGACCUGCGGGCAGCAGUGGGGGAGCUGAGGGAGGCAGCGUUGGCAGGGGGCAGCAGCGGCGGCAAGGUUGUGUGUUAUGUGUGCGGGCCGCCGGCGCUGUCAGACCAGGUGGUCGCGCAGCUGGAGGCAGAUGAGGAGGGCGUGGAGGAGGUGGUGAUGGAGCGGUGGUGGUGA